AUGAAAAAUCUUAUCCAGAACACAAAAAAGAAUUUCAAUCUUCUUGUUGGUACAGCAGCAGAAGCAACUGGAAAUAAGGUAACUGAAGACAGUCCUAGUUAUUUAAAAAACAGUAAAAAUUUCGAAGAUCUUUUUUAUCAAACUAAUGAACUUUACACAAGGCUUCUAAAAUUCUACAAGGAUAUUCACAAAGUACUAGCUGCAGACGGAAAAUGCAUCGAAUUACUUGCAAAAUGUUCGAAUCCAGAAAAUGAUGAAAAUGUCGGCGUAUUUGAAGCAUCAUCUGUAAGUCUAUUAAGUACAUUUGAGAUUGACAAUCUCAAAUCUGUUGAUGAAAAUAAGCCUUUUAGAGAUUUGGUAUUAUAUCGAAGAAAAGUUCAUGACUGCGAGAAACUUAAACAAGCUAGACGUGAGGCUGAACUACUAUGUAAUCGUGCAUAUUUAAACUCAAAUACAGGCGCAUUUGACCCAGAAUUUAGUAAAGCUCAAAUCGAAUUCGAAAGGUGCGAUAGAGCUUUUAAUGAUACUGUAAGAAACCUUCUUACACGUCGUGAUUCAAUAUUUGGUGCUGUUUUGAAUUCAAUCUUAUAUGCCUCUCAAACUUCUCUUAAAGAUGCCAAUGUUUGCGUUUCCAAACUCAAAGUAGAGGAUACUAAGCCAUAA